AUGUUAAGACCCGCGACUCCAUUGGCGCUAUUGCUGCUCGCAGCAUUCGCAUGUUUGCUCAUAUCGAUUCUAUCGACUCCUAUAAUAAAGUCGAUACCAUUGGCCUCUUUCGAUGGAGUUGAGUUUGGAGUCUUUGGGUUUUGCAAAGGAGACACUUGUAGCAAUGUUGAAAUUGGUUACAGUACUGAAAGUCUUUACGAUGCCACUCAAUUAGCAACAUUUGAUCUCCCUACUAAAACCAGAUCAACAUUAUCUGCUAUUCUCAUUAUUCAUCCAGUGGCUGCUUUGUUCACACUUAUCAUGUUGAUACUAGCCAUCGCCGCUCACUUCCACGCACCUUCACAUUCUCCCCGAUACCUCUUGGGAAUAUUUAUACUGAGCAUCUUGACAUUGAUUCUCACCCUCCUCGCCUUUCUUAUCGAUGUUCUACUUUUCGUACCUCAUAUGGCAUGGGGCUCAUAUGUUGUGCUCGCAGCUACCGUCAUCAUUGCUGCAAGUGGUAUCGUAUCAUGCGCUAUGCGCCGAACUUUAGUUAGUCGAAAAGCAAGAAAACGUCGCAUCGAGGAGAACGCAGAAAUGAAUGGGGAGAAUUUCUACAAUCGUCAAGGAGCUGAGCAAAUGAACCCGGUAGCCACCGAUAACAGUAGUCCGAUAAAUGAGAAAUUACCACCAUAUGUCACAUCCGAUGCGAACAAGAAUGAACGAACUAGUGAUGAACGAAUACCUCUGACAACCAGCACUUCAACAACGGAAAACUCUCCCAAUAACAUCCCCGGUGGAUCUAUUAGGAGUCAAGGAAUGGAUGGGUACAACGGAUUGCCACAGUCAGGAAGCUCACCUAUGGAUCAGUAUGGUAACCCCAUACCGAUGAUGCCGCUAGGAGCAAAUGCAUACGGUAUGCGAAGCCGGGAUCCUUCUGCCGGACCACCAGGACAGGCAUUAAGUCAUCAGUAUUCCAACAACUCCAUGAAUUCGAGAGGAAGAGGUGGGAUGCCACCAGGAAGAGGUGGUUACGGAAGGGGUGGAUAUAGAGGAGGUUACGGAGGGCCCCCACCAGGUCCGAAUCGUGGAGGCUACGGUUAUGGCCCACCGAGGGGGGGUUAUGGUCCGAGAGGUGGAUAUGGCCCACCAAGAGGUGGCGGUUACCCGGGUCCUUACAGAGGAGGCAUGAACAAUGGAAUGAUGGUAAUGGGUGGUGGUGGGAGAGCUCCUCCUCCACCUGGGUAUGAUAGUCGACGGCCAUCUGAUACUUCGACGCCUAUGGGUGGAUAUAGGGAUGCUUCUCCGCAGCCCCCUGGUGGUUACAUUGCAUAUAGGCCAGAUGAAAUAAGCCCCAGCAGUCUACCCCGUGCCGAGUCACCUCCACCGCUGGAACAUAUGGAAAAUGCUGGCUUGGUUGGACAGGCGAUCGAGAUGGAUGCUUCGACAGGAAGUCCAUCACAUUCACCGCCAGGAUUCGUUGGGCAAUUCAGCAAUCUUAGAGACAGCGAUGGGGACAUAGCUGGGAUGGUGGGACUGCAACAGCAAAAAAUACAGCAAAAGCAUGAGACUCUAAUUAGCGAUACAAGUAGGUAUAGCCAAGAUGAAUACGUCCAACCAAGAAAAGCAUGGGGGGGCCAACAAGCAGGUAGAUCGUCACCUUUGAACCCGGCCUUGCAGCCUGUCGAGCUUCCUCCUACCGAGCCUUCUCACCAACGAGAUACCUUGAAUGAAGAUUAUUACGAAGACGUUGACCCACGUUUCGUUGAUCCAGCUCCAGCAGAAAUUUUAUCUCCGCCGGUUCCCGCUAUUCAUGCGCCUGGGUAUCCCUCGAAUAACAACCAAGACGCUCGAACCCACCUUCAUCCCAAUUCUUUGAGUAAUUUAGAUGGUAACAACUCUUACAAUUCUUUAGAAGAGCUUCAGUCAGGACAACGCUCUCCAGCCGAGUCAGAAAGAUCGAAUUUUACUUCGGUAUCACAACGAGGGAUUAAUCCGAGAUGGAAUGGCGGUGCUACUGGCCCUGGAGGACCACCAAUGCCGAAUAGGAGACCUGUUCAUCGACGAGAGGAUGUUCUCUUGAAUGAUAAUCCUGAUUUCGCUUUACCUACGGGUCGUGGUGGUCGAGGGCCGCCUCGCGUUAUGCGAGGUGGUAUGAUACCAAAUUCUGCCUAUCCAAGCACUGCCGGUAUUUGA